ACGCAAGAUGGCAGCCACCACAGGCUCGGGAGUAAAAGUCCCUCGAAAUUUCCGACUGUUGGAAGAGCUGGAAGAAGGCCAGAAAGGAGUAGGCGACGGCACAGUUAGCUGGGGUCUAGAGGACGACGAAGACACGACACUUACAAGAUGGACAGGGAUGAUGCCUAGGCCUCCAAGAACAAUUUAUGAAAACCGAAUAUACGGCCUUAAAAUAAAAUGUGGGCCUAAAUACCCAGAAGCACCCCCAUCUGUAAGAUUUGUAACAAAAGUCAAUAUGAGCUGCGUGAGUAGUUCAAAUGGCGUGGUGAACCCAAGGGCCACAGCAGUGCUGGCAAAGUGGCAGAAUUCCCACAGCAUCAAAGUCAUCCUGUAG